AACGUAUCAGGCGACGCGUCUAACAACUGACUCGCCGAGUCUGCAACUAAUACAAGCUCGGGGUCUAGCAGCGCAUCUAAGUCCGGCGUGGGGAUGCGUGGCAGGGCACGCAUCCCGUGGGCUGGGGAGGGUCGACGGAAUUGUUUGGCUGGGAAUGACGUGUAUCGUCCUUGGGUAUCUCUAGUGCGACGGAGGAGCACAGAAGACACGCCAUACAAUUGACAUGACGGAUACUCAGGCAUCUCUCCAUCAGGACCAUCACCGCCUAUAUCUAUGGAUGUCCAAUCCAUACGCCGAUGGUUGGCCGAGGUGCCAAAUGGAUCGCUACAUGAUCGCGUGAAGGCCUCUGCCAGUGAUCAAGAGCUGCGUGGUUGGACGGACGUGGUAUGGCCCGAGGCUGAAGUAGCCUCGUCUUCGUUUCCGACUUCCCUACGAUCCAAACCGUCGACACAGCAAGAGGCGGACCUGUCACCGGCGUCACGCUGUUCCCGGCGAUGGGUACCACCGUCCACGACGUGUGAGGUGCCGGCUCGUCCGUCCGUCGCUCGAUGCCUCGGUCGAUCCGCCGUCACAAGCUCCAGCGAGGUAUUUAGGCCGAUGCAAGUUGCGUCCAGCCCGCGCGCCAUUCACAGGAUACCCCCCGUCAUGCUGCCAGUGUCCUUCACGAAGUUCCUCACCGGCGCAGUUCGUGUUGCCAUGGUCAUAUUAGUAUUGUUGGGAAUACAUACUAUACGACUCCAACAAGAGAUCAUCAUGAAGCUCAAGUUACUCGAGCUAACCGCGCCACCAAUCGUACAUAUGAACAUCUCGCUCGCAAUCCCUCACGGAAUACUCGUACCGCCGGGUACGACCAUCAAAUUCCUCGCAUACACCCUCUCCAACACCACCGUACAUCUUGUACCCGAGUUCGCUACUAGUACGCCGCCCAUAGUCGCGGUGCCGCUGGAAUCUCGUACCGAAGGUCGCGCGUCGGUCGCGCGGCUGACCGGCACCGAUGCUAUGCAGGACCCUGUAGUGGCAUCCUGUGUCGUAUUCCUGCUGUUCCUUAUCGGAGCGGAGCUGAGCAGGCUGUGCAACGUGCGGAUCCGCAGGUUUCUUGGUAUACCUGUACCCGACGAAGAAACUCGACUCGGUCACGAUCGCUGCCGUGACCCCGCGAAACGCCGCAAGCAGCUCGAAGCGGAGGUGGAACGAAUUCGCAGCAGGGUGAGACUGUUGCAAGAGUUGAGUCGCCCAGUAUCAUGAGUCGCGCGUUUUUCUUCGAGUCGGACCGUCUCCUAUCGAUAUGUUUCGUCUAGCAUAGUUGUGUGUUUGUAUUUCGUGGCACCAAGCAUGAUGAAGGGUCCCAUCUCCCGUA